UUAAGCACGACUUUUCCAUGCCUUGUUGCUAAAAUCGUUUCAUCACAUGGCUAUUCAUUAUUCAAUUAAUUCAAAAAUAAACGAUAGAAAAAAAGGCUCACGUGAAAAAGGUUCACGUCACUGCGUGCCGCUUGGGAUUUAGUCUCCACUUAUAAAUACAUACCAUGUAAUUCAGAAUUAGUAAUAACAUAGCCUUUUGUUUUUUUUUAGUAAUAACAUAGCUAGUAUCAGCAAAUGGAGUUUUUCCACAACGCUAAAGCCGUUAGGAUGCGUAACGUCCACGAGAAGUAUCUGAUGGCGGAUGAAGACGAAGAGACGGUGACUCAAGACAGGAUUGGUUCCGACAAGAGAGCUCGGUGGACCGUCGAGCUGGUUCGUGGUUCCUUUGAAGUGAUCCGUUUGAGGAGUGGCUACGGCAACUAUCUCACCGCCUCGAACGAGCGUUUCUUGCUCGGUGCAACGGGGCGUAAAGUAGUAUUGUCGAAACCUAAUCGGCUUGGCUCGUCCGUAGAGUGGGAGCCGGUGAGAGAAGGAUCGAAAGUGAAGCUCAGGACUAGAUACGGCAACUUCCUUCGAGCCAAUGGUGGACUUCCUCCUUGGCGUAACUCCGUCACGCAUGACUCACCUCACAGUUCAGACUCGUUUUUGUGGGAUGUUGAUCUCAUUGAAAUCUUAGUCGGAACGGCGCCUCCGGCUCUAGCUCCGGCGACAACUCCCGCGCCACAUAGGAAGCUGUCAAGUCCUCCUAUGUCCAGAACCUCUUCAGAAAAAUACGUGGUAGAGUUGACUCAGUCGCUGCCAAAAUCUGAAGGGAGGGUCAUAUAUUACCAUAUCGCAGACAAAGAAGGACACGUGGAGAAUGAUUCAGCCGUUGGAUACGCUUUGACUUUCAAAGGAAAUAGCGUGGAACAGUUGACGCAGGCGCUCAGGGAAGAGACUAGCAUGGAUGACGUUGUUGUAUGUACACGCAAUCCUUUGAACGGCAAGUUGUUUCCUCUCCGUUUGCAACUUCCGCCAAACAAUGGGACAAUGCACGUCGUUCUAGUUCCCUCAACUACGUAAACGUCAUGCUAUUUGCAAUAUUGGUCUGGCUAUUUGCUCAAAGAUUAAGAGAUAGUUCUAAUAAAAAGGCGCACGAUUGGUUAUGGGAGUGUUGAUUUUAGAAUAUUAGGUUAUAUUUGGGUGCUUUAAUCUUUUAUUUUGUUUAUUCUAUAAUUUUAAGUUUAUUAAUUUAUAUGUAUUUAUGUGGUCCUGUGGAACAUUCACCAUCAAGAAAUGAUGUUGUAGUUAAAAGAUUUGUUUAAUAAUAUUCUAAAGUGUCCAAGCA